AUCCGCAGCACACGGAUGCAUAAAUUUCUUCUUCUACAAGUGUUUCUCUCUCACCAUAACUCUUCCAUAUACAGACUUAUUAAUCUCUUUUAAUUGUUACUAUAAACUUUGUUUAUCAUCAUUAUCUAUUCCAGAUUUUUUCGCUAUAAAUACAAGAAAAAGACGGAACUGAAUUGGGUUCUAUUAUUAUUGAAUUUUGAUUAUAUUCUUUAUUGGGUUUAAUUCAAUUUGACUGAUUUGCUUGCGGAUUGUUUUGAUUCUUGAGUUAAUUUUUCGGAUUUUUGAAGGACAAUGUUCUGUUUUGGACUAUGUUCUUGUGAAUGGCGUCUUAUAUUGGUCUCUUUUGCAAGUUUUGAAAUCUAGGGUUUCACUGUUUCCUUGUUAUCUGUAGUGGGUCGGACUGAUUUUUCACCGAAGAGUCAUAGUUUUCUGGUUUCUUGGUUUAUUCAUUGGUGUUACUGAUUGAAAUUUAGUUGAGGAUGGAAUAGGGUUCUCGUUGAUGAUAUAUAGUGCACAGAAUGAAUAAUCCAUAGUGAAUAGCAUUGUCUGAAAUCUUUUAGAGGGUGGUCUCUUUUUGAAUCAUAUAGGGUUCUGGACAUUUUUAAUCUGACCCCUAUAGACUGAUUUUGUUUCUAAAGCAUAUUCAAUGAGAAAUAUGGGGAGUGCAGACAAGUAGUCGAAUCGUAUUAAUCUCGGGCUGGAUUGACUCAUCUAACUCACCCUUAAGGAGGUUGAGUGUUCCUCUUUAGUGUGAUUGCUUAUAGGAUUAUGAUUUUUUGUCUUUUGGGGUUUAAUUUUUGAAAGAGAGAAACUGGGUUGCUUGGAGGCAUAGUAUAGGAGUCCAUUAGUAGUGCUAUGGAAACAAGUGAACCUACAUUAGCCCCACAAUGGUUAAGGAGCAGUAAACAUGUGACAAGCUUCGUCACCGCGUCAUCCCCGUUGCAUCCAGAUGAUGCCGCCCCAUCAAAACUUGCACACAAGAGAUCACUGUCAGUGAAUACGGACAAUAAAGAGUGGAGGCGUCCUGCUGCAUCUGAUCGAGCCAUCUCAUCACGGACUCGGUGGAGCUCCAACAGUAGUAACUCCCCUAACUUUCAAUCUUACAAUAGUUUUAGAAAUCAUCACAGAGACAUUGACAAAGACAUUAACAAUUACCGGGAGACAUCAACUUUAAGAAAUCAUAGGUCUAGGGACUUUCCUGAUACUUCGAGGAAACAUCACUGGGAAAUAUUUGAGGAAGGGUUAAGACAGUCACCUUCAAUGACUUCUGGUAGAAUUAGUGAGAAAUGGCCUAGGAAUUUGAGCAAUGCUGGUAAGAUCAAACUACCUGACAACAAUGGCAUGCUUGCUUCAGUUUGUGGUGCGGAUAAAGCAAUUGAAUGUGGCAUCCGACCCUUAGUAACUGAAAAACGACAAGCAUCACCUGGCCUUGGAAGAGUCGGAUCUCCUGGUUUGGGUACCAGGACUCAGAGUAUACCAACAAGUCCAUCAGGCACUACUGGCAAUAAGUUGGCAUCUGCGUUAGCAGUUACUACAGCAGUGGCCGGCAACGAUAACUCUGGUCUAUCUUCCAUGAAACGAGCUGCCUCUUCUGGACUUUCUUCUCCAAUUUUUAGCAAGUCAAGUGGCAGAUGUCUUAAUAUGGCUGAAACUGUUGCAAAGGGUCUUCCUUGUGCUCAGACUAUUUCCCAGGUGUCCCAAGCAAAUCACCGACUUGAAGAGCUUGCUAUGAAGCAAUCUAGGCAAUUGAUACCAUUGGUGGCUAAGGCCUCGGUGCCAAAUCCUUCUGAUAAAUCUAGAACCAAGGUUGAGUUGCGGCAACAAAUCGUCUCAUCGUCUCAUCCUGUCGGUCACAGUCUCUCAAGCGUCUGCAUCUCAAGCAGGAUUCACAUCUAUAAGCCAACAAGAGAGAGGAAUGGUGUUUCUUCUGUUGUUAACAGUAGCUUGAGCCCAAAUAUACACAGCAGAGGGCCAAAUGCGCUUUUGGCUGUUCCCGUGUCUGCUUCUACACACAGUCCAGCAAAUAUUGCAGCUCCCUCUACCUUUGAACCCAAGCCUGUUGGGACAAUGGUGCAAAAGAAAUUAUCAUCCCAAGCUCGGAGUCGGAAUGAUUUCUUCGAUCUUAUGAGAAAGAAAUCUAAUGCACAUGGUAUCACUCAGGAUCAAGACGCCUCACUAUCUGAUGAGACCCCAAGGGUCGAGCAAUCAACUGAGAUCUUGGGUGAAAAUACAUGCAACAGUGACUCUUCCGACGGAAAGAAUACUGACAAGAGCUUUUCAAAUUGUGAUGCAAUGUUGUGUUCAGACGAGGAAGAGGCUGCACUAUUGCGUUCUAUGGGCUGGGAGGAAAAUGCUGAUGAGGGCGGCCUUACAGAGGAGGAGAUCAGUGCCUUCUACAAAGAUGUUACAAAGUGCAUCAAUUCGAAGCUGUCAUUUAAGACAAUGCCAGGCUUACAAUCGAAGUUUAUGUUGCCUCUCCACUCUGGAAUUGGAGGUGUUGGCGCCAUUUCUUCUUGAUACAGCUCAACCCAAAUGCUUGGUUAAUGAUUUUUGUCUGUACUUGAUUCAGAAACUUUUCUGAUCCGUUUCUUGUUCGAUAGAUUUUGUGGGAAGCAAUGAGAGAAUAGAGAGGGUUAUAGUUUAAUGUGCUUUCCCAGUCCUGUGGAUGGAUCUUGAUUGGUUUUGGCACCUUUUUACUUCAUAGAUUCUGGUAAUAUAUAGAUUGUGCCUUUGAUUAGGA